AUGCCUCAAAAUAUUUAUGUCGAUUCGUAUACUCUUAAAUCGCUUUCUAACGAUCAAAAUGUGUGCAAUGCUUGCCGACAUUUAUACAUCAAAUGGAAAAAUGAAAAUUCAGAAUUAUCUUCAAUCCUUGAUCAUUUCAAAAAUGAUAUGUAUGAGCUUAUGAACGUUCAGGUUCAAACUGAUGAUUCGCCUCGUUUAACAACCGAGGAAAAUCCAACUUUGAUUACAACUACAAACCAACAAGUAGUUAAGUUACAGCUAAAUGAGGCUUCCUCUUUCCAUACGAAAUGCUGUGUUUGUGUUGAAAACCUUCGUGAUCAUGCGGCGAAAAUUACAUCUCAGAAUAGAGAUUUUAUAUUUUUUUCACGCAAUAUUUGGAUACCAGAAGGAGCACGAUGUUGCUCAGGUCAUUUAAUUAAUCAACUAUUAUUGAAAGAAGCUGUUGAUCAGAUUAAACCUUUCUCAAUACGAUAUCAAGAAUUAAGCUCAUCGGAUGUUCAACUCCUUUUAAAUAAAGCUCAGAACUUUGUUGAAAAUGGCAAGAAAAUAUUUAGUUUCGAUGAUCCAAGAGAUCUUAAUGAUGAUGAAUAUCGUUUAUUAACUCGAGUCUCAAGAGAUAACUUUAAUGAUUUUGUUCAAAUCACUUCUUCAUCUACUAUUCGCCCCUCGUGCACACACAAACGAACAGUGUCUCGAAUUAUAAAUAUUGCACGUCAAGCUAUUGUAAAGAGUUUUGUGUCAGAUAAUUUAGGUUUUGGAUAUGUUACUCAUCAAUAUGUUAUCGGUCGCCAUACCACAGCAAUCGCUCGAGAACUAAUGUGUGGUGGUGACAGUACUGAUACAACAAUAAUUAUUAUUGAUAGAACGCAUCUUCAUAUUCAGGUGAAAUAA